AUGUCCACCUUGAGCAGGACCUACAGCACGCGCUCAGCCAAAGCCGCCAUCCCCUCCUCUCCCAUCUCCGAGCUCAUGUCCUCCCCGCCCGCCGCGCAAAAGCGCAAGCGGCCGUUCACCGACCUCCCCACGGAGCAUAACACGCCCACCAAGAGACCGCGCCGCACGUCCUCCUCUUCGUCCCUCCCGUCCUCCUCCGCCCCCUCCUCGCUGAAGCCCAAGGCGAAGCCAAAGCUCCCCGCCGGCACGAAGGCUAAGUCCAAGUCCUCCGCCGCCAAGAAGGCCGCACCCGCGCCGAAGCAGGCGAAGCUCACACAGCUGCACUUCGCGCUCGACGUGCCGACGCUGCGCACCUGCCCGCUCUGCGACCUCUCUUACACGCGCGGCGCGCCCGACGACGAGGCGCUCCACCGCGCGCACUGCGCGCGCGUCCGCCGCGGGCUCGAGUGGGGGCGCGAGGAGCAGCGCGAGGCGGACGCGGCGCGCGUCGAGGAGCUCCUCGCCGGCGUGAAGCUCGCGAACGGCGCGCGCGGCCGCGUCGUGUGCUUCCGGCCGGACGUCGGCGGGAGGAUCGGGGCGAAGCUUGCGGUCCUGCUGGAGACGAUCCGGCUCGCGCUCACGUCCCCUGCGCUCUCGCCCGCGGUCCUCCGCCGAUCCAAGAUCUACCUCUUCCUGCUCACCGCGCCUGGGCCGAGCCCGGCGCGCGAGAAGAUCGUGGGCUGCGUGGUCGCGCAGCGGAUCGCGACGGCGAUGGCCAUCGCGCGCCCCUCCGAGGUCUCCGCCGCGCGGUCCAAGAACGCGUCUGCCUCCACCACGAGCACCCCCGCCUCGUCCCAGACUGUCGCGGACGCGCUGUCUUCACAAGGAACCGUCGCUGGCGGCGAUCCGUCGGAAAGUGCGCCCUCCUCUCUGGCGCUCCUGCCUGUGGACGACUCGACGAACCUCUACGUUCAUCCCACCCCGUUACCGACGCCGAUGGGCAUUCCUCGUCUGUUCGUCUCCUCCGAAUACCGUCGACUGGGCAUUGCCUCUCGGCUAUUGUCUGUUGCGGCGUCCACCUUCAUCUUGGGGUGCCCGCUCAACCCAGCACGCGGUGAGGUCGCGUUCACGCAGCCCACUGGUGCCGGGAAGGGCGUGCUCGAGGCGUGGGGCAAGGGAGGUGUUCGGAUCUACGAGGAGGAAGGUGAUGCCUGA